UCUCAAGCCCGGGGUGCCUCGGUUUCGCGCGCGCCCGACGAUCCCCAACUCUUGACGCGCUGCAGCCUCUCGCGACCCCCAGCGUCCCGAAGGAGGGGCUCUGCGGAGCCGCGCGCGCCGGCCGAUAAAACGAUGCCACGCAGAAAGAAAAAAGUUAAAGAAGCCUCUGAAUCUGAAAACCUGGAGAAGAAGGAUGCUGAAGCUACCAGUUCUGUCAGUGUGAAGAGGAAGCGUAGACUUGAGGAUGCAUUCAUUGUGAUAUCUGAUAGUGAUGGAGAGGAACCAAAGGAGGAGAAUGGCUUGCAGAAAACGAAGAUAAAACAGUCAAAUAGAGCAAAGUGUUUGGCCAAAAGAAAAAUUGCACAUCAAACCCUGUGCCUACGCAUGCCAGAGAUGACAGAAGAAGAGCAGUUUGCUCUGGCUCUUAAAAUGAGUGAGCAGGAAGCUAGGGAGGUGAACAGCCAGGAGGAGGAAGAAGAGGAGCUCUUGAGAAAAGCCAUUGCUGAAAGCCUGAAUACUUGCCGGCCUUCUGAUGCCUCUGCUACCAGAUCUCGACCUCUGGCCACUGGACCAUCUUCACAGUCCCACCAAGAGAAAACCACAGACUCUGGGACCACUGAAGGCAUAUGGCAGCUGGUACCUCCAUCACUGUUUAAAGGCUCACAUAUCAGUCAGGGAAACGAGGCUGAGGAAAGAGAGGAGCCUUGGGACCACACUGAAAACACUGAAGAGGAGCCGGUCUCUGGCAGCUCAGGAAGCUGGGACCAGUCAAGCCAGCCAGUGUUUGAGAAUGAGAACGUUAAAUGUUUUGACAGAUGUACUGGCCACUUGGCUGAGCACACAAAGUGUGGGAAGCCACAGGAAAGUACUGGGAGGGGUUGUGCUUUUCUCAAAGUUGCCCAGGGUAGGGGGGACACAUCUAGGCACUGUCUGCCUACCCCAGCAGAUGCCAAAGUUCUUCAGGACACUGGGGGAAAUGUGCACUAUUUCUGGGGUAUUCCAUUCUGCCCUGCUGGAGUAGACCCUAAUCAAUAUACCAAGGUCAUUCUCUGCCAGUUGGAGGUUUAUCAAAAGAGCUUAAAAAUGGCUCAGAGGCAGCUUUUAAAAAAAAAAGGGUUUGGGGAACCAGUGUUACCUAGCCCUCCUUCUCUGAUCCAGAAUGAAUGUGGCCAAGGAGAUCAGGCUAGUGAAAAAAAUGAAGGCAUCUCAGAAGAUAUGGGAGAUGAAGACACAGAGGAGAGGCAGGAGUCUAGGGCAUCUGUCUGGCACUCAAAACCCAAGGAUUUCCAAGAAAGCCCAAUUAAAAGCUUGAAACAGAAACUUUUGUUGGAGGAAGAACCAACAACCAGUCAUGGUCAGUCUUCCCAAGGGCUAUUUGUUGAAGAAACUUCUGAAGAAGGAAACUCUGUACCUGCCUCACAAAGCAUUGCUGCUUUGACCAGUAAGAGAAGCUUAGUCCUUAUGCCAGAGAGUUCUGCAGAAGAAAUCACUGUUUGUCCUGAGACACAGCUAAGUUCCCCUGAAACUCUUGACCUUGAAAGAGAAGACUCUCCUGGUAGCAGAGAAACGCUGGAUGAAGUUGGUAACAGGGAAGAUGCUGAGAAGGAUAUGCCUACUUCUACCUUCUCAUCUAGUACCCAGGUAUCCUGCCCAUUAUGUGAUCAAGGCUUCCCAUCCACAAAGAUUGAGCGACAUGCUAUGUACUGCAAUGGUCUGAUGGAGCAAGAAGCAGUGUUGACUCGGAGACAAAGAGAGGCCAAGAACAAGAGUGACAGCAGGACAACUGCACAGGCUUCCCUAGACAUUGACAAGGUUGAAAAGUGUUAUCUUUGUAAAUCCCUGGUCCCAUUUGGAGAGUAUCAAUAUCAUGUAGAUUCCUGUCUCCAGCUUGCAAGGAGUAACCAAGGAAAUGGACUUGAAGGAAGUGGUAGAGCAUGUUCAACUGUGGAAGGGAAGUGGCUGAGGAACCCAAAGGAAAAAGGCCACAAUGAAGGGCGACUCCUCAGUCUCUUGGAACAGUCUGAGCAUAAGACUGAAGAUGCAGAGAUAAAAACCAAGUCUUCAGAAAUAGGAACCUUCAGGUUGCCCUCACCAGGUGUGGAAGAGGCAGGCUGCAGCAGAGAGAUGCAGAGUUCCCUCACACAGCUUGGCUUAAAUGAGUCUCCUAUCAAGUCUUUUGUUUCCAUUUCAGAAGCCACAGAUUGCUUAGUGGACUUCAAAAAGCAACUUACUGUCCGACCAGCUAGCCGGACACGGACCAAAGCAGGCAGAGGAAGAAGGAGAAAAUCUUGAAUUUCUAGAGUUCAAAGGUUGACAAACCAUUAGUAAUCAGGGUGGGCCAUGUUCAUAAGCCAUAGUAACCCCCAUUUCAUUGUUUAGCAAAUUUUGACUCUGCAGUUUUCACCACCAGCACCCACUCACUCAACAUCUUGGUUUUUUGUUUUCUAUGAUCUAUACAGACAGCUGUGUAAAGUAUUCUGUUUUAUAACAGUCUGUUUGAAUUUACUUAUAGUUAAAAGAAAGUUUAAAUAUAUUUAUCUAUGUAUGAAAUCUUA